AUAUUUUUCUGACAUCCAUCAAUAUGAGAGUUCUCUUGGUUGUCUGCUUCCUGGCUUUGGUCACGCCUUCGAUCCUGGCCCGUACCAUGGAUCGCUGCUCCCUGGCCAGGGAGAUGUCCAACCUGGGCGUUCCCCGUGAUCAGCUCAACAAGUGGACCUGCAUUGCCGAACACGAGAGCUCCUACCGCACCGGAGUUGUGGGUCCCCCGAACACUGAUGGAUCCAACGACUAUGGCAUCUUCCAGAUCAACGAUCGUUAUUGGUGUCAGCCUUCCAAUGGACACUUUUCACACAACGGUUGCGGUGUGAGCUGCAAUGAACUGCUUAAGGACGACAUCACCAGGUCCGUGCGAUGCGCCCAGAAGGUCCUGGGAGAGCAGGGAUGGGCUGCCUGGUCCGUGUGGCAUUUUUGCAGCGGAAACCUUCCCCCGAUCGAUGAUUGCUUUAAAUAGUCUUAUACUUGAAAAGUAUUAUGUUAAAUUACUACCUCUACAAGAAAUGUAAU